AUGGGCCAACAGAAUCUCACAAUGCCAACUGAGUUCGUUUUUCUGGGAGUUACAAGGCUGCCUGAGCUGCAGCUUCCUCUUUUUGGGAUCCUUCUUCUCAUCUACACAAUCACUGUUCUGGGUAACCUGGGCAUGAUCGUCCUUACCAAGCUGGACUCUCACCUACACACUCCAAUGUAUUUUUUUAUCAGACACCUGGCUUUCAUUGAUCUUGGUGAUUCUACUGUUAUUUAUCCUAAGAUGCUGGUGAAUUUUAUUGUAGGCAGCAAUACCAUUUCCUAUUAUGGAUGUGCUACACAGAUGGCUUUCUUCAUCAUGUUCAUUAUCAGUGAACUUUUCAUCUUGUCAGCCAUGGCCUAUGACCGCUACGUGGCCAUUUGUAACCCUCUGCUUUACAACGUUAUCAUGUCUCCAAGGCUUUGUCACCUUCUGGUGGGCAUCCCAUACCUCUACAGUACAUUUCAGGCUCUGAUGAUUACAAUUAAGAUUUUUACAUUGACCUUCUGUGGCUCUAAUGUUAUCAGUCAUUUCUACUGUGAUGAUGUUCCUGUGUUACUUAUGCUGUGCUCUAAUGCUGAAGAAAUAGAAUUGUUAAUCAUAUUCUUUUCAGCAUUUAACUUGAUCUCCUCCCUCCUGGUAGUCCUACUGUCUUAUACACUGAUUCUGUUAGCCAUAUGUCGAAUGCAUUCUGCAGAGGGCAGGAAGAAGGCUUUCUCCACCUGUGGCUCACAUCUAACAGUGGUGGUGGUGUUCUACGGGUCUCUUCUCUUUAUGUACCUGCAGCCCAAAUCCACUCACUCCUUUGAAACUGAUAAAAUGGCCUCUGUGUUUUAUACGUUAGUGAUUCCCAUGCUAAACCCUCUGAUUUAUAGCUUACGGAACAAAGAAGUGGAAAAUGCCUUCCAUAGGGUCUUUAAGAAUCAAUGUCAGUUUUGUAUUUAA